GAAACUUCUACAAACUAUGAGCCAAAAUAAACCUUUUCUCCUUUAACUGUGGGUGUAGUGGGUAUAGUAGGAUGUCUAUUUGGGGUAUUUUGUCUCAGCAAUGAGAAAGGUAACUAAGACAAGUAGUAUAAUUGCAAUUACUUAAGAUUUUAGUGUGAUUGAUGUCAGGCAUCUUGCCAGGUUCUGGGGCCUAAGAACAGCAUCUAGAUCUUUGGCAGGGGUGUGGGUUGUUGUCACCUCUGGACUGACCUGCACCCUGGACAAGAAAGCUCAGAGGAGUUUGGUGGCUUCUGGCUCACAACACUGGAACCUGGCCAGGGAUGCCAAUGGGAAGGAUAUAGAGAUGACCUAUGCUUGACCACAGGAGGAGACAUCCUGUUGUGCCCACUGCCCAUUCCAGCCCAUCCAGAAGGCCAACCCAGCAGUACAGUGUUCAUGUAGGAAAUAGGGGAAAACAAAUGAAGAGCUCUUCUGCUGGUGUGGUGCAGCACACUGCUCGGGACUUAGAGAGCUCUGGAGCUUCUUGAGGGUUGGUGUUUUAUCCCCGAGGCUGGCAGGAACCUUAAACCCUCAAAGGGUUUAAGGAACUGAGUUUAACGCUCUGUGCUCCUGAGAGUUUGCAGUCUUGCCCAGUGUGAGGCUGCUGCCUGCUGGCUGUCACUGUCUGUCCCUGUGCGUCACACAGGUCUCCAGGGCAGGCUUCUGUUCCCUGCCUGGCCGCCUCCCACCUCCUCGGCCCCCUUAUUCUCCCUCAGUUUUAGUUUAUUAUUUUAAGCCCAGGAAAUCUGGAUCCUUUAUCCUGUCCAGUUUUAUCUUCUCUUAAAAUCAGCCAGACCUAUUUCUGUAAUGCUUUGUUUACAGCAUGGUGUUUAUAAUCACUAGCAGUUCCUGCCUUGGCCCUGGUGAGCCAGGCGUGGCCCAAAGCUCCCUGUCCUGGAUCUUCCUUAAGGCUGCUGCUUGUCCUCUUUCAGUCUGCCCUGUGCCCAGCUCCAGCCCCAGGGAUGUCAGGCUCCUUUCCUUGAGCCUGUGUCCAGACCACUGGUUUAUGCUUGCUGGUUGCUACCAAAUGUGGCCGCCUUUUCUCUGUGUUUUUGUGAUAAGAGCUGCUACAGCAAGCAGACCCUGAGGUCUGGGAAUCAAACACAGUGGAGGUCCAUUUCCUGUUCAUGGUACCAGCGUCCCCUUCCUUUCAUGGUGCCUGCAAGUGGUCUAAACAGCCCUGGGGAAAGAGAAGAGCAGGGACACAGUUGUGAGGCCAGCAUGACUGGGGACCCUGGGCAUUGCUGCCGGAGCCAGGUCUCCAGGAAGGAUGGCGUCCUGCAGCUGCAGCGGCUGCUUCUCUCUGGUUCCUGUCGGUGUCUAGUGCUGUCUCUGUGCCAGCUGAACAAAAGAAUAUUUGUACAAGCAAGGCUGCACUGCUGUUUUAAGUCUAAGGGUCCAUUUCUAGAGUGCUCAUGGCCCUGUGGGUGGAAGUCUGCACCGUACACGGAGCUGUGGAUAUGCUGGACCAUUUGGGUUCAGGGAACAAGUUUCCGAGGUUGGAAAGAUGUGACUUCUCUGUUUAAUAAAGAUGAUGAACAACAUCUGCUUGAAAGAUGUAAAUCUCCCAAGUCCAAAGGAACUAACUUACGAUUAAAAGAAGAGUUGAAAUCAGAGAAGAAGUCUGGAUUUUGGGACAAUUUGGUUUUAAAACAGAACACACAGUCUAAGAAGCCAGAUGAGAUCGAAGGUUGGGAACCUCCAAGACUUGCUUUGGAAGACGUGGCAGCUGAUACAGGGGAUGCCUCGAGUGACUGCCAGCACUGGUCAGGCUGGGAGGGUGACGCAAAGGGUUCCAGCAAGUACACCAGCCUGUCCAGCUCAGUAGCCAGUUCCCGCUGGAGCCUGCGGUCAGCGGGGAAGCUGGUUAGCAUCAGGCGGCAGAGCAAGGGUCACCUGACAGACACCCAGGAGGACGUGGAAUGAGCAGGGCAAGCCAUGGUGCCAAGUGUAUGCACGCCUCGUGCCAUGGCAUAAGCUUUUGGGUUUGCCAGGCCUAGUGCCCUUCUGUUCACCCCAUUCUGUUGUCAAAGCCUCCAACUGUACGGUAGGAACCCACUGUCUGCAUUUCGGGUCUGAUGCACUGAGGCUCCCAGGUGAACACAUGCAGGUCUGCACUUGGUUGCCUUAAGUGGAACGUCUACCCUUUGCAGUCCAUGUUUGCUUAACCUGGACAUGCAAAUUUUUGGUGUCAUCCCACAAUGACUUGCAGUCAGUCACAAAGUAUUUCCCUGCUACUGUCAGCUACAGUUCUGUUUUGGGACCUCCACAUUCUCCCCUGCAUUCACACUCAACUAUCCUUGAUGCCCUCAGCAAGUGUGCUGUCUUCUUCUUCGAAUAGGAGCUUGCAGCCCUGGAGGCAAGAUGAGUCUUUCCAGGGUUACGCUAAAUUCUCUUUAACUUGCAAGUUAAACUGUAACUUACUAAAUUUUUUAAAAUAUGUAACAAAGUAAAUACUGGAAAAGCAAAGGUUAUAUUGGAGGGUCAGUGGCACCUCAGAUGCGUGUUCAUCAUUGCUGAUGGAGGAACAGUCUCUGCGCUUGAUGGUAAUCUUGCUUCUCUGGAUUUUAGUAUUUCUCCUGGAUUUCUAAAUACUCUUCUUUAUUACCUUCAAAAAUUUGUAUUUUUAGUUCAAAGAUUAAAGAAAUGUUAUAAAGUGAGGAUGAAUUUUAGUCACUGGGCAAUUUUGUUUGGAAAAUGUUAACUUGUUAAGUAUGGAGUUAACUAUACACUGAAGUGCCUCUUUUCUAUUAUUCCUAGGUGUUUAGCUGUUUGAAAUGUGGUUGAUGUGAGAUCUAUAGGAAGUGUUUUCCAUGCAGAUAGCUUGGGGCUGACUGGAGAGCAUCGUGCUCUGCCCGUCUCCAUAGACCUGCUGCUGUCCCCACUGUGGCCGCUGUGUCAAGGGCGCUGGUUAUGUCUGGAAGAGUGGCUUUUAGCGGCGGAUGUGCAGAUACCUAUUUUAGGAAAAAGUGGCUUGAUAGAAGUGUAUUUUUACUUUGUUUAAAGAAAAGCCUCCAAUUAUACUGUAUAUUCCCCUCCUGGUGAAAACAAAACAACACAAAGUAAAAACAGCAGAAAGUGCCCAUCCUUGAGCAUUUCUGUGCUGUUUUAUUUACCUGGAUGUUCUGUCCAAUGCUUCUGUGGCAUAACUGAAUAAGCCUGAUGGCUGAGCACAGUGCGAUGUGACAGAGUGUUUGUAUUCUUAGACAAAUUUACUUAAUAAGGUUGUCCAUUUUCUAUAGCUGGCUACCCACCUAUCCAUCCACCCACUCAUUCAUCCCUCCGUCUAUCUGUGUGUCUCUCUGUCUGUCCAUCCAUCCACCUUUUAGAGUAGAAAAAGACAUUUACUUACCACGCCUUGAAAGAGGGACAUGCUUUAAGCGGUCUUCAAAUAAAAAUUUAUCACAACCUUGAAAUUGUGAACAUUUUGUUUAAUAACACAGAGGAAAGUUUAUGAUUUUCAGUAUAGUAGCUGAGUUGGGAAAUUGUAAGUUUCCUCAGGUGCAUGGUCGGGUGCAUGGCUAUGACCCUCCAUCUCCUCAGAGAAAUACUGCUGGGAUGGCCCAGACAUGCAGCAUGCCAGGGCCCAUGCAGGUAUUUUAUAGCAGUAGCUAGCGUGGGCUUAUUUCGGGCUGUGCAGGGAUGUAAAUGCUGCACUUGAGACUUGAGCAGUCGUCCCGCUGGCUGCCCUCGCUAUGCCUCUGAUGGAACGCUAAGUGCCUGCAGUGCCUCACUGACAUUCUGGUGCAUAUGCUAGGGGCCUCCGUGCUGUCCUUCCUCCAGAGGUGAAGACUGAGCCAGACUGGGAUUGGAAUAUGCACUGUGAAUUGAAUUUGUAUACAAAGAUUAAUGAAAAAAUGACUUUUUUCUUCUGUUAUAUCUGGUUUUUAGUAUAAAUAUUUAUUGGUGUGCUAUGGGGAGAAAUGCCUUUUCUUGAAAGGACUCACCAAAGUGAAUCUUGUGUUUACACAGUGAGCAGACUGGGUCAGCAAGCAGAUGGGGUUGUGAUUCUGAGCAAGUUGUGAGGACUUGCUGCUCUGGGCAUUGAUGCCCUGCAGCGUUCCGUAGCUUCUGACAGAACGUGAUUGUCUUCAGGGAGGGACGGUUCCACCUUAAUGCUGAAGUUUUUAAAAAUAAAAGUACUGUUUUUGUCUUCAUUUCUUUGUAGUUUGCAUGAUUAUUGUCAUCCCCUUACAGAAACUUUACUUGAUCACUUAGCGCUCGUGGCACUUUCCUGACCUUGUAAACCUCAUUUUAAGGUGCAGACUACAUGUGUUUUCAUAAAUAAAGGAACGGUUUCACCUUG